CAAGGAACUAUAUUAGUUGACCUCAUACUAAAGAUAAUGGAAUUUGAAACAACAGGAUUUUGCUAUAAUAAAUAUGUUGUGUUAAAUGGGAUUAAGAAACACUGAACAUUCCACUGAGUCAGAUCAUGCUAUUAGGAAAACUUAGUAGCACUCUUAGACAGCUAUAUAUAGUUGGGCCUUUAAUUAAAAACUAGAUCUAUAAAGUCUGUUUUGUUUAUCUGUUUACAUAUAGAAUAACUUGAUUCAGUUCAAUCUUGUCCCACAUUCUAAGCAUCAUGUCUACCACACCUGCCAAGACUGCUCCAACUGAACUUCUGGCUGAGAUCAACAAAUCAGGCUCCACUAACUUACACCAUGUCAAUCCACAAGAGAAGAAUCCAUUGCCAUCAGCAGAAGAUGUCCUUCAGAAAGGUCACCGCCAGAAUCUGCUGCAAAGUUUGAACCAGUUUGAUGUUUCCUGCUUGAACCACACAUGUACCAAACAAAGAGUUAUACUACCUGACACAGGAAUUAUAGCUGAAGAAAAGCACCACCAGGAGCAUAUUGAGAACAUCGGCAAGUUUAAGAGGACAAGUCUAAAGAGGACCGAGUCAAUGGAGAAGGGUUGUCUCCCCUCACAAGAUGUGAUUAACCAGGAGAGAACUGAAGCUGAACUGAGAGACAGAAUAGGCUCUUUCAAUAAAGAUCAACUGAAGCAUACAACAACAGAAGAGAAGACAGUCCUGCCUAGUCCUGAUGAUAUACAGCAUGAAAAACUAGAGACUGAGUUAAGAGAAAGAAUUGGCAGCUUCUCCAAGGAGCAGUUGCAACACAUUAGGAUAGAGGAGAAGAUAAAUCUUCCCACUGGCCAGGAUAUUCAACAUGAAAAAGUUGAACAGGAACUAAGGGACAGAAUUGGUUCCUUCCACAAGGAGGAUCUGAAUCCAACGGAAACAGCAGUCAAAGUUGUCCUCCCUACAGAAGAUGAUAUUCAUCAUGAAAAGGUUGAACAGGAACUAAGGGAGAGAAUCGGUUCCUUCCAUAAGGAGGAUCUGAAUCCAACAGAAACCACAGUCAAAGUCGUCCUCCCUACAGAAGAUGUGAUUGAACAAGAGAAGCAAGAGCAGGAACUGAAGAACUCCAUCAACUCCUUCAAGAGGGCCAGCUUGAAGCACGCAGAAACGCAGGAGAAAAACCCACUCCCACAGAGUGAUGCCAUUCAGCUAGAAAAAAAAGAAACUGAGCUUCGCCAGUCUAUUGAGGGUUUUGAAAAGAAUCAGUUGAAGCAUGCUGUUACGGAUGAGAAAGUGAAACUCCCAACUAAAGAAGAAAUUCUUGAAGCCAAAAAACUUGAGAAAUAAAUCAGAGCGGGGAUCAUUGUGGAUGAGUCCAGUGAAUGGUGAGGUCAGACCAAGGCAGGGACACUUAAAGCAUGCAGACAACUCUGGCAGGCAGCAGACGGAAAUUUUCUCAACAUAGAUCAGCUACUACGUCUGAAAUGAAUUCUUUUAGAGCUCAUAAGUUUGUUCAAGAUCAACAAACUAUUUUAAUUUUCCUACAUUGAUGACAUUUUAUAGCAAAAUGUAUUUUGUAAAAUGAACAUCACAUUAAUUAACAAGGAAUCUCAAGCCUAGGUUUUUGUCCUUGACCUUUUUGGUCUGUGUCCGCCAACAUUCUAAAUCACAUGUUUUGGAAACAAACAAAGCUUACAAUUAUCUCACCAACAUCAGAAUUGGAAAUUUUAAAUUAAUUUUUUGUACCAACAUUUUUAAUUAGUCAAAAUUACUCUAAGCAUUAUCAGCAGUUGUUUUUUUUUCCACCAGUAGAAAAGAAGUAACUUAUACACUUUGCAUAAUGAUUGGCUAUCUGCGUCUGUCAAGAAACUUGUUUGUUUCCACUUCAUUGACCUAAAUAUCAUACUGUUAUUGAAGCCUGUACAUAAAGUGCCUAUUAUAUACCACUGGAUCAAUUGUAUGUUGAAACUUUUUGACUUUUUUUGUCGUUUAUCAUUAUUAUUUUUUUUUUACAGUUUAUUUUGACACUGUGGCCAUCUUGGUAAACAGCUUACUUAAAGAUGGUAUUAAAAAAAUCUUUUUGAUUUUAAAACAUAUAUUAAAGUGCUCUUAAUCCUAUUGGCUUUGAAUUUAUUCAAAUUUGCAGAACUGUUUUUGCAUUUAUUCUAAGCUGUGUAAUAUAAGGAAUUUUACCAUUUCUAUUGUGUCACAGAACAGAUACAGAAAUGUUUUUCAUUAAACAGGUUUUAGGAAUAUGUUUAUCUUGCUUUGAGUACAAACUUGUAUAUCUCAAUGUUUGGCAUUACAUUUUUUCUUUAACCAUGAAGAUUUUGUUUCUGAUAUACCUGACAUAUGCACACAUUAAUUGACCAUUGCUUCUACUAUAAGGUCAUGUGGCCCAAUUGCCACGGACCAUUUUGUUGUUACUUUGGUCUAAUUCAUCUAGCUGCUUUAGAAUCAUAGUCAAGUCUUAGUGAUGUUUGAUUGACUAGCAUUGAUGAUAAUCUUAUUUUUGUUGACUUGGCUUACCCGCCUUACCCGUGGGAUGGACGUGGGUCAAACUGUGCCACCUGUCGGCGGAAGAUAUUGAACAAAUUUUUAACAAUACUGAACUUUUUCUAUAAUUAUGGGGGGGGGGGGGGGCUGUCAUUGAUGAAGUGUUGUCGUUUUUCUCUUCCAAUUGUUAUUGUAGCAACAUUCCUGCAGCUGACAACACUCAGCCUUGAACCUUUGCAUGUAAGAGCAUCUGAUCAGAUCAUGUACAGUUAGUUCAUAUUAAACAUUGGUUUCUGUAGCACA